AUGGAGAAGACGUCGACGCUGCCUCUGGUCGCGAUCUUGCUCGCCGUAUUGCUGCUCCUACCGUCUGCUGCCUUGGCCGCCGUAGCCAAGGCCAUCGACGCGAGCAAGACCCAGCGCCUGCAGCUGCCCGACGAUCUGAUCGGACCUGAGAGCGUCGCGUUCGACGCGCACGGCUCCGGCCCAUACGUCAGCAUCUCGGACGGCCGCGUCCUCAAGUAUGAUGGCGAAGGUGCCGGAUGGAAGACGUUCGCGUACAGUCCCAGCUACACCAAGAAUAAGUGCGACGAGUUCUCUGAGCUCCCGGCAGUCGCCACGGAGAGCUCUUGCGGCCGACCGCUUGGUCUCCGGUUCCACAACAACUCCGGCAAUCUCUACAUAGCCGAUGCGUACAUGGGGCUGAUGCGUGUCGGGCCCAACGGCGGAGAGGCGACUGUGCUCGCGACGGAGGCCGGUGGUGCGCCAUUGCGCUUCACCAACGGCGUGGACAUCGAUCAGGUCACCGGUGACGUCUACUUUACCGACAGUAGUAAGACAUAUACACGGGCACAACAUCAGAUGGUCACCACGUCUGGAGACUCGACCGGACGCAUCAUGAAAUACGAUCCACAGACUAAUCAAGUCACCGUUCUUCAGUCCGGCGUCACGUAUCCCAAUGGUAUCGCCAUCAGCGCUGAUAGGACCCACCUUAUCAUCGCCCUUACGGGACCAUGCAAGCUAAUGAGGUAUUGGAUUCGAGGGCCUAAGACCAACACGUCUGAGCCGUUUGCUGAUCUCCCGGGAUACCCUGACAAUGUGAGGCCCGAUGGAAAGGAAGGGUACUGGGUGGCGCUGCAUCGGGAGAAGUUCGAGCUUCCGUUUGGUUUGGAUACACAUCUACUUGCCGUUAGAAUUGGAGCUGAAGGUGAAAAGCUGCAAGAGAUGAAGGGACCCAAGAACGUAAGGCCGACUGAAGUGGUGGAGCGAGAUGGUGGCAAAAUAUAUCUAGGUUCCGUGGAGUUGUCAUACGUCGGCAUCGUUAGCACGUAG